AACAUUGAGGUUCUAGCAACUGGUCGAACAUGUCAACUAUUAGUAGCAUUGGAGAUACAAGAUCAAGGUCUAUUUUCAAUCACGUCUCACCUAGGGAUUGAGCGGUCAAGAAGAGAGAGAGAUCAAAAACUGAGACAGGAAUCGAACGACAGGAGCCAAAGCACCGGUGCAAUAGAAGAUGAUGCCUCAAACGAAGUGCGUGUACGGAUUCGAGAAAAGGAGGGAUCUGUCACACUCAAAUACCCGAUGUUGACAAAAUGCAACUAUGCAGCUUGGGUGAUUAAGAUGGAGGUAUUUAUGAUGGCACAAGGUGUUUGGGAGGCAAUUGAAUCACCCGAAACAAUAGAUAACCGCAAAGAUAAGAUGGUUUUAGCAGCUAUUUAUCAAAGUAUUGGAGAAGAUACGUUGCUACAGUUGGGUGCCAAGAAAACAACCAAAGAAGCCUGGAUCAUGUUGAAAAAUAUGAAUCUAGGUGCGGAAAGAGUGAAAGAAGUUAGAACGCAGACUCUCUGGCGGGAGUUUGAAGUGUUGAGGAGGAUAGGUGAUUCAGAAAGUAUUGAUGAGUAUUUUGGAAAACUCGUCAUUAUUGUCAACAAAUUGAGAGGCCUCGGCAACGCUGUGGAUGAUGUCCAAGUAGUUAAGAUUAUUGUCAACAAAUUGAGAGGCCUCGGCAACGCUGUGGAUGAUGUCCAAGUAGUUAAGAAACUUCUACGAUCCACCUCUACAGAGGUUCUUCAAAUCACUUCAACGAUUGAGGAGUUCAUUGAUCUCAAAACGAAAUCCAUUGAUGAGAUUAUUGGAUCACUCAAGGAAAAUGAAGAAAGGUUGCAAGGGUUUGGAGAAAAAGAUGAAACUGUUUUCUUCACUCGUGCAGAAUGA